AUGAAGUUCUUUGAAAACAAAUUCACCUACGAUUACUCCUUUCCCGCCGUCUCUCUCGCCUACUUCCUUCGCUACCCUAACCCCUACUCUCGCCAUGUCCUCACAACCGAUGUCAUCGACCGAUACGUCGAUCCAAACACCCAGCGCCUUCACACUAUCCGCCUGCAUUUGAAGAAAUCAAAGGUCCCAUCUGGAAUCCUCAAGCUACUACCAAAGGGCAUGGGAGGCUCCGACAAUUCCGGCCAGAGCUACAUCCUCGAAAAGACCAUCGUGGAUCCCAAAGAGGGCUGGAUGGAAACCGAGUCACGCAAUAUGGAGUGGACUGGUAUCCUCAGCGUGGUUGAGAAGCAAAAUUACCAGCGAUUGACCUCUGAGGACCGUCUCGCCCUGGAUGGCCUGGCUGUUGACAAGGUCUCCGAGCAGACCACGGUGAAGACCACCGUCACCUUCCGCUCUAGACUCGGUCAAGGCAAGCUCCUCGCACGCAAGAAGCCAGACACAGCUGGCGACCACGUCGAGGUCGAGGAAGAGGCACCUCGCAAGGGUUUCUUCUCCUCCCUGUCUACUGCUGGCAUCCAGCGCACCAUUGAACUCAUCGGUGUCAGCCGCACCCGCGAGGCCGUGCUCAAGAGCAAAGAGGGCAUGAACAUCGUCCUCGAGCGUCUGCGCAGCGGUGGUGUCGUUGGUGUUCUGGAGGGCAUGCGCCAGGAUCGUGAGGCCGCAUUUGGACCUGAAGGUCCAUGGAAGCGCGUCUGGCUCCAAGGCAAUGGCAAGGAUCGUUCCAUCGAAAAUGACGGCAAAUAG